AUGGCGGACGAGGAUGAAGAUGUCAUAUUUGAGAAUUCUCCUUUGGAAAAGUAUUUAAAGGAUGCAGGAUUCGUUGAUUACGAGCUAGAAAGUACUAAACAUAACAAUGAACUUGAAGAGCAUGUUUUUAGAGGAAGUGAAACGRUUCACAGCAGCCAAGGACCAAGCUUGACAGACAAGUUACUCUCAUUUAUAAACAAAUUGUAUUCUCCUGAUAUUGACCGAUCCCUUCAACUUCGCAARGAGUACGUAUCGAUUGCAUUUUCCUCUGGUAUUAUGARCGAGGAUGAUGUGGGAUUUUUGCAUCAGUUUGACCCAGAGUUGUUUGACAUUUCUAAUUCUGAUGUGAAGCAUGAUUUGAUUUCAACCAAGCUGUACAAUUAUGUGCGUUCUAUUAGUGYGUGGGCUCGUGAUAACGGUAUGGCAUUUUUGUUACUAUUAAUUGCUGUACUUUUAUCUAAUAGCUUCUGGAGAUAUCUAAAUAGUGUUUUAUUUUCUGCGUUGUUUCUGAUAAUUGGCUGCAUUGCUUACUUCUUUUGGAAAAUACAACAUAUCAAAUGGCUACACAAUCAAAAUGUGAAGAUUUUAUCAGAUUAUGUUGAUAAGAUGAAGGCUUUUCUUAUGGUGUUCAGAAAAUCUAUAUUACUUAUUCAAGAACUAGAAUUAAUAUCUAAAGGUUAUACUCUUGUUGGAUUUGGACUGAACUUGGGAUCACAACAAAGGGAUGAAAAUUAUAAAACUGAUAUAUAUCCMUUGUUAAGACAGUGCUUAUUAAAGAAUGGUAUGGACCUACUACAGCCAUCUUGUUUAUUAGUAAAAGAUAUUGCAUCAAAAAGUCCYCUUGCUUCGGAAGUAAACARUGUGUUUACAUGCAUCUCUGAAAAUCCAUUUAAAGAGUUUGGUGUUGACAAUUAUUGUGACACUGAGAARCUUUCACUGCAGUAUUUAAAACUUUUUCUGUCAUUAAUUGCAUCUCAGCAAUCAGAACUAUUAAGCAGGUAUCUUCUGGGCUUAUCKGAAAUUGCAAAGGUUGAAUCCAAAACCUGUCUUGUUACCAGAGAAAGCCUURAAAAGAUGCAUGUAAGGUUUGCCAAUCAACUAAACCAAGUAAAUGGAGUUUUGAAGUCUUUGCAGUUAAGUUACCAUGUUCAUAAGAGCUCAUUAACCUUUUCUGGUAAUGAUGAAACAAAAAAUGAAGUUCGCACACAUCAAGUUUCCACCAAUCCAAGUAAAUGGAGCAGAUACUAUACUGCAAUUCACAGCYUAGAGCUGCAUUUAAAGGCUUGUUUAACCMGGACUCAGUCAAUAGCUUCUUUCUUAAUUCCUGAAAUGACAGAAGAAAACAAAGAAUCAUUGCUUGAGGAACAAGAUAUAACUACAAAACUUGAGGCGACUAAUGCAGGAUUAAAAAUGGAGUUUGAUAGCAUUAUUAGUUGUUUGGAAGAAUGUGACAGUUGUUUGAAAAAAUCAAAUGAAUCAGCUGAACCUUCUAGUACAAACUUGGAAGAGAGAAAUCAGGAUGAGGGUCAAAUAGAAAAUUUACUGCAAAUCAAUGAUCACAAUAAAGAAAAYCAAAAAGAMAUUGGGGACUGUGUGUUUGAAGCUUUCACUGAUAUGUCUGACUAUGAUGAAAGCAACACUCCCUUGCUAACAAGAGAGGAAUUAGAGAAGGAAAGUCAAAGUCGUGAAGAAAGCAAACAUCUUUUAGUUGAAUUAAAAAAUGUCUUGCAUACAAAAACAAAAGAUCCUUUGAUAACGGAAGCUGGUUUUGUAAAACCAACCAAAGGGAAGGCUGAUGAAAAGAGUAUGUUUGAAAGUACUGAGCUCUGUAAAGAAAAUGGCAAAGCUAGAUGCAAAGAUAAGGAUGGUUAUGUUAGCUAUUACAGAAAUGCUGGAUGUGAAAACACAGUGACCAAGAUUCCUUUACAACCAAGUGGGAUUGUUCAAAAGCCUGGAGUUAAAGAUGCAAGUAUCAAAGAUGAUGUUAUGUCAUGCCCUAGCAGAGCUUUUUCRUCAGCAAUUGAAGCAGCAGCAMGAUGCAGAGGCUUAGUAAUGGAGGAAAGUUAUGGAUCAAGUGACUCUGAAUAACAAAUAAGAGAGUUAGACCCAAUAAUACAUGGUUACUCUGAUCGCUCUGAUGCAUAAUAAUAGUUAGCACCCUCUACAAUGUUAUUCUAACAGAAUGUUUGUCAAAAUCACAACAAUGAGGCAGCCAUGUUGGGAUGUAGUAUUUAUCGAUUUACCUUUUUGAACAUCUUUGUUUUUGCAUGCCCUGAUUCUGGUUAUAAAUGACCUAAUACAGUGAACAUCAGUAAAUCAAUAUUACUUUAUGUAAUUAAUUAUUAUAAUGAAGUGUAUUCGAUAAAAAUUGACAUAAAUGAAAGGGAUCAAAUGAGUGUUAAGUGAAUUAUUGAUAUGUUUUUUUACUGAAUCAUCAUUACUGUACCUUGYCAUGCUGWUUUUGCUGUAAGYGUUUCUGCUUUUGYAGUUGCUUUUUCAAAUAGAUUUGUUGAAGCUCUUUUAGCUCCUGUUUCAGAGCCUCACAUAUACCUUCCAUGCUACCAUCUUUGGCUGCCUCCAGCUCUGCACUUAAUCUACAGUAAAGCUAWAGUAAUGAGUGGAAAUAUUGGCUAAAAUCUUCUUAGACUCAUCGAUAUUCCUAAAACUAUAAGGCUGGUGAAUAGUGAAUUUGAGAUUUUGCAGGAUGGGGAGACCAGAAUUUUUUCCUGUGAGAAUGACUCAGACUUCUUUAUUGAAAAAAAUCAAGACCAGACU